AUGCUUAAUUAUGCGUAUAGACAGGCAACAACAGCAGACAAUGUAACAGAUCCUUUUACAAGCUCGCAGCAAAGUAUUUCUGACUGCGCCGAUAUCGCGUGUUCCUUAGAGUUCAUACCCACCGAGUGCCAAAUAAAGCCUGUAUUGACAAGGAGCGGACAACACUGCUAUGGAUGUGUAGAAUGGAAGCCAUCGUGUAAGUCUGAACUGGAAAGCAUGAUUGCUGCAGGCGUGCCCAAUGGUGUUGCUUGUCCCAAAUUAGAGUGUCCUUUGUCAAAUAUUCCAAUUGAAUGCAAAGUUAUAGAGACAUAUGAAUUCAAAGGUCUUGUAUGUAAUAAGUGCCCUAUUCAUAAUCAAAAUUGCACAUUAGAAAGUAAACAAACAGCCAUAAGUAAGCCUGAUGCGAAAUGUCCAGUGCUGGCCUGCACGAUGGAAUUUAUUCCAGAAGAAUGUAGAGAUGUCCCAACGACAAUUAUUGGCGGACAAGUCUGCAACGGAUGUAUGAAGUGGAAGGAAUCGUGUAAAGCUAGAGCAGAUCAUAAUGCACAACCGGCUUCAUUUACUCCAAGAAAAUCUUGCGGACUUCUUCGUUGUAAAGGGCACAUUCCUUCCGAGUGUGAAGAGAAAAGAAACUACACGGACAGUCAGGGACAGGUGUGUCAGCGGUGUCCAGAGUGGAGAGUCGGUUGUCGAGAGGAGGAACGAAAGGUGUAUAUCUCACUUCCCGAUGGUGCUGUUCCUGCCGUGUGUCCAUUGAUGGCGUGUAAAGAAACAGUCCCUGCGGAUUGUCAAGAAAAACAGCCUUACACUUUCAUUGGUAGGCGAUGCUAUAAAUGUCCAAAAUGGCGGGAAGGCUGCCAGCCGUCACAAAUUAAUAUGGAAACCGUUACCAGUACAUCUAAACCAGAAAUAGCAUGUCCUUCAAUGAGAUGUAAGAGAAUACCUGGAUUAAACAAUAAUUGUUAUCAACGGGAAUACUUCAAAUUCAUGGGUAAAGUUUGUGAAAAUUGUCCUUCUAUUAGAAAGGAAUGUAGAGAACUGGCACGUCCGAUUCCACAUGUUUCGAUAGAAGGGGCUAACUUAGACACUGCUCAAAGGAAAUGUCCACCGCUUGCUUGUCAAAUGAUAAACAUUCACCCAGCAUGUCGAGAAGAAACACAGUACAUGCACGAAGGUCAAGCCUGCCAGGGGUGCCCAAAACAAAUCCCGAACUGUAUUCCACCGUUAGAUGAUAACCUCCCGAGGCCGCCAGUCCCGGAUAUGACAUCGCAAACCCAAUGCCCUCUCAAAGCAUGCACGCUUAUGCUCAUUCCUCCAGAAUGUCGAGAUGAGCAGCCAUACAGUUUAAACGGGGUAACGUGUUACCACUGUCCCAAGUGGAGAGAAGGAUGUAUACCGGGCGGUGAUUCCAACCAAAUGAACCACAACGAGCCUGAAAUGUCGUGCCCAUUGUUCGCUUGCCCGCGAGUAUUCAUACCAAAAGAAUGCCGCGAUGAGCAAUCAUUCCAGUUUCGCGGAAAAUCAUGCUACAGAUGUCCAAAAUGGCGGGAAGGAUGUAAACCAACAGGAAAUCCACCGAAUUUGCUUCAGGAAUUUAAAACAGAAACAACUACUCAGACCACAACCACUAUUUCAUCUGAGCCUAUUUGUCCAUUAUUAAACUGCACCACUUUGAAAGCUCCUGCUAAAUGUGUGGUUUUAAGUACAAUGAAAAUGGAUGGAAUUACAUGCACAGGCUGCCCAACUAUCAAACCGGAUUGCCCAUCUAAAAACAAAACAAAAGAGUCAUGUCCGCCUUUACCAUGUCCACGUCUUCUGAUUCCAAAAGAAUGCAGAUCAGAACAGUCAUAUGAAUUCAAAGGACAAACAUGUUAUUUGUGCCCACGGUGGAAACCAGGCUGUAUUCCAGGCACUCGGCAAACGCCGUUGCAGAACACAAAUUCCGUUGAAGAAACCACGAGGAUAUCUGACUUAACUGGUGUUAUACCAGUAGAUAAGUUCAUGUCAACCAUAGAAACUCUGGUCUGCCCACCACUGCCGUGUCCUGAUAUGCUGAUUCCCCCACAGUGCCGAGAGGAGACGAGCUACAGGUACAACGGGUUUCAGUGCAGGGGAUGUCCAAGGUGGCGCCUUGGUUGUCAACCUUCAGGAGGAAUGGCGUCAGGCAUGAACGCUAACGGAAUGCUGUCUUUCAGUUUGUUUAACAAACUGUUCGGUCUUGGAUUGUAGAGGUCGACAACACCCAGUCGCCAUGAGACAAUGGUUGUUAUUCU